UGAGUCGAUACUAAAGAAUUAUUAAUUUGGUUAGUAGCCAAACCCAAUACUCUUUCUGUUAUUAAAUUCUAGGAAAAUAAUGCCUCUUCUUUUUUAGUUGCCUUCUACCUUCAAUAUCUCUCUCUAAAUUUCUGCAUUCUACUCGUGUGCGUGAACACACACAAACACACAACUCCCCUUUCUCGCUCCUUUCGAUUUUGGGGAGCGAAAACGUUUUUACCUACUUUUUGUGCACAAUAAUAUUGUUGCAUUGCAUCUCGACCCUGUCUCAAUUGUUGCGCGCACCCUAGUUCUUGAGCUGAUUUUUGUAUUUCUUUUUAAUUCUUCCAAAGUUUCUUUUGUAAGGGUCUGCGGAGAUCCAAUCGUUUCACAAACAGAGAUGAUCGUGAUGGGUUUCGCACUCAUGGGUCUUCGCCGAUUUUAGCAAUUCUAAACUUUUUCAGCACCUAGGCCGGAAGAUUGGAUAUUUCUGGCCUUUUAGGGUGAAAUAUCAUUAUCUUCCAACAAAUUCUGGGGUCUUCCGAGAUUAUCUUGAAGGGUUUGUCCUCGAACUUCUGAGAAGAUUGAGCUAAAUUGGCGGGGAACAAAGCAGAGCUAAAAAGUGCAAAAGGAGAAAGUUACAGGAACGAGAAGACAAAACCCUCCACAACACAUGUCAACUGUUCCAAUAGAUGCUGCAAAGACUGAAACGGCGGCGUCUUCAAGAGUCCCGCGUCGCUUUGGAGAUCUUAGAGGGGUACAAUGGCGCAUAGAUUUGGGGAUUUUACCAUCCAGCCCUUCUGCAUCAAUUGAUGAUCUUCGUCGGGUUACUGCCAAUUCUAGGAGGAGGUAUGCUGCUUUGAGGAGACAGCUUUUAGUUGAUCCAAAUGUGCCAAAAGAUGGAAUGAGUUCUCUUGAUCUUGUCAUUGACAAUCCAUUGUCCCAAAAUCCAGAUAGCAUGUGGGGUCGAUUCUUCAGAAAUGCUGAACUGGAGAGAAUGGUUGAUCAAGACUUAACGCGCUUGUACCCUGAAAGAGCUGGUUAUUUCCAGGCAAGCGAUUGCCAGGCUAUAUUAAGACGAGUUUUACUGUUAUGGUGCCUUCGACAUCCAGAAUAUGGCUACAGACAAGGCAUGCAUGAGCUCCUAGCUCCCCUUCUCUACGUCCUCCACAUGGACGCUGAGCGCCUCUCCGAAAUCCGCAAAAUCCACGAAAACCACUUCCCCGACAAAUUUGACUCCUUCUCCUUCCGUGAGACCAACUUCUCCUACACAAACGGUACCCCAAACGGAAGCCCGGCCAGGGCCCGCACGCCCGAAGAGCUCGACCCCACCACACAAACUCUAAUCGAGCUGAGCGAUGCAUACGGCGCCGAGGGCGAACUUGGCAUCGUCACGUCCAACAAAUUUCUCGAGCACGAUGCUUAUGCCAUGUUCGACUCCCUCCUCGGCAAUGCCCUCUCCAUGUCAAAUUUCUUCUCCCACUCCCCUUCCGGGCCCCACUCGGGCUCACCCCCCGUGAUCGAGGCCUCCGCAGCCCUCUACCAUUUGCUCUCGAUUGCUGACUCGUCUCUCCAUGCUCACUUAGUCGAGCUUGGGGUCGAGCCGCAGUACUUUGCCAUCCGCUGGCUGCGCGUGCUCUUCGGCCGCGAGUUCUCCCUGGAGGACCUUUUGUCCGUGUGGGACGAGAUUUUCGCCAGGGAGAAUGUGAAAUUGGGUGGGCACGUGAAUUUCGAGAUUCUUGAGUCGGCCAGGGGGGCUUUUGUGUGCGCGUUCGGGGUCUCUAUGAUACUUCACCUUAGGUCUUCGCUGCUGGCGACAGAGAACGCGACUGCCUGCCUGCAGAGGCUGCUCAACUUUCCGGACGAUGUUAAGAUCGAGAAGCUUCUGGAGAAAGCGGAGUCACUUCACGAACUGGCUCUGAGGUCCAACUACUCGGCCUCUGUGCCGGUUAUGUCCCUGGAUUCGACCUCUCCCAGGACUCCGCUGAGCAUGGUGGCCGAUAGCUACUGGGAAGAAAGGUGGAGGGUUCUGCACGAGGACAGAAAGGAGGAAGAAGAAGAUGAAAAGAAGAAGGCAGAGGAAGUUCCUUACCGUAAAAAGGGUUGGUCAGAGAGAGUGAGGCUCCGCCUCUCGAGGACAGAAUCCGACCCAACCCCGUCGAAGAAGAAAAACGAGCAGAACAAAAUCGAUAGGCCGUCUGUUAGGAGGAGUUUGUUGCAUGAUCUUGCACGGCAGCUCGGUUCAGAUGAGGAUGAGAAUAAGGAUAAUAACGAGGUUCCCGAGGAGUCGAUUGAGGUUAGUAGUGUUGAAGAUGUAAUUGCGGACAAGAAUAAUUACAAUGUGUCUAUUGAAGAGAACUCUUCCAGUUUCUCGGAUCAGGUGGGACCAAUAACUGGAAGCAGUUACAAUGAAAAUGAGAGUGGGAGGAGUAGUGUCGGGUCGAACUCAUCUUUGGAUGAAAAUGAUUAUGUGUCAUGCGUGACUAAUUCGGAAUGUUCUCCUAAUCUUCCUGUCUCAGACCUGCCAGAAGGAUUGUCUUCUCAAAAUAUGGACAAUGACGAGUCUUUGGAGAGGGUGGGGACGGGUACUUUGAAGGAUAGGAAAGUACUGUUGAGUAAAUUUCAAUGGUUGUGGAAGUUUGGAAGGAAUGGUGGAGAGGGAACAUCAGAGAAAAAAAGUGUCUCUGUGGAUGGGAAAGUUUUAAAUGGAGAAGUUGAUGAGAGGAAUGUGGGUGUGGUGUUAAAUGGCGAUGGGUGUGAGUGUUCUUGUGGGACGAGUAAGGGUGAGACGGGAGAUCAGAAUUUGAUGGUUAGCUUGAAGAAUCUUGGCCAAUCCAUGCUUGAGAACAUUCAGGUGAUAGAGUCUGUGUUCCAGCAGGAUAAUCGAAGUCAAACAGGGUCCUUAGAGAACUUGUCAAAGAACGGUCUUGUAGGCAAAGGACAAGUCACGGCCAUGGCCGCUCUCAAGGAGCUCCGAAAGAUCAGCAACCUUUUAUCUGAGAUGUGAUGUAUUUAUAUGCUUAUUCAUUUAAUUGUUUCUUAUCUCCGAGUAUCAUAAUAAAUGGACUCCCUCCGGCUUUUCUUGUAUCUAGUCAAAUUUUUGGAUAUUAUAUGAAGUUGUGUAAAUACAAAUUUUCUGUUGAAUAAAAAUCAGACACCAUUCUUCCAGGAGCUGUAUGGGGAAACAAUUGGGUUCAAUGUCGAUAAAUGUAGUUUCGGUUUAGUUUGUUUUCCAGA